AUGAAUGUAGGAAUAAAUUGGAAGAGAUGGUAUGCAAUUUUCUGCUUGUUCGUUUUGAUCCUUAAUGUUGAUGACAAUAUUCGAGCCGAAGACUACAAAAGAAAUCUCCAAACCUUGAACGAAUACAACUUAUUCCUUGAAGAAUUGCCAUCGCUAAUAAGAAUAGGAUCCCAAAAUGGACUUUUGCAAUGUUCUAGGUGUCAAAGGAUAUCACAAUCGUCACAGGAGUAUGAUGAUUUGAGAUGUCAUGAGACAAAGUAUUUUCAUGAAAUAGAAAGAGUCACCUCGGUGGUAAAUUUACGAGACACGAGAGUGGACGUUGAGAUGUUGGAAAAUUGUUCAUUCUGUGCAGUUGGUACAGAUUUUGAGUUGUUCCACGAGUCCAUCACCAAAUUCUUUGAACACUACGAGAUUUAUGUCUGUCAACGCUGUGAUAAACUAUCCAACAAACCUGAACAUUCGGGUCACCCUUAUCUCACCUCCUUUAACCACCUCUUGUUUCCCAUACACAAGAAUCCAUUGAUACAUAAGAACUCACGUCUUAUCACAAACCUAGCUCAACUAAAAGGAAUUGAAUUUGACUUGUUGGAAUUCUUUGAUAUCUUUGAUAUCUUAAAGGAUUGCGUGGAUUCUAUGCGGCCAGCUAUGAUCUCCGGAAAAUGGAAUGUUGGCAACCAGGAAAUUUCUCUGGGAAGACGUAAUUUUUAUAACGGAAAUUUUGGAACUUCCGAAUGGGAACAAUACAUUAAGAUCGAUGAAGCAACGAGUCGCUCGAAAUCUACACUCAAUUUUUGCACAACCUACCAAGCGCCUUCAUUAUUUAUCCUUAUUCAAAUGCAUAAAUUGCAAUGUUAUUUUCUUGAACGCCAAGAAACUCUUGAUUGGUUCCUGCAAUCAAACGAAUUUGUGGAUUGA